AAAUAUUAAUUCACAUGACGUCCCCGACAUCCUGUCCUUUGCGAUAAUGCUCGAUGAUCGACAAACAUUUCAUAACAAAGAUAGAAGACUGUGAGUGUCAAGGUUGACAGACGGACCCCACUCUGCCACAAUUGUUGUGUGGGAUCGAAACAGGGACAUCCGAUGCCACUCCAUCCAUUACCGCUCUCUGCACCAGGUGGGACUGACUAAGAGCUGUGUGGACUCUAUACUAAAAUACCUGCUUCGAGCGGGAUUUUCUCCCUUGACCGGAAGUCUGCGCAAGAUGGAUGCUGCUGCGCACGCAGAACAAGGUCAGUCAUCCGCGGCGAUGACCGUCCCCAAGAACAGCGAGGAGCUGGUGGCAGUCAAAGCCGCGGUCACGUGCACCCUCAGACGUGUCAUCGCAGUCGCGGUCGUUGUUCUUGUUGCUGCUGGUGUGGCUGGUGCUAUCGCCGGGGGUGUUGUGUCUCACUCCAGUGGUACGUCGGGACAACAUGCUUCAGCUCAGUCACAAACGAAUACCAGCACAAACUUGUCGGACGUACUAACGGCUGCUGCAACGCCGCCACUUCUGAUGCGCCGCAGUCAUCUGGUACAACCGCGACGACCACAACCACAGCGACUGACAUCACCGCCAUCGACGCGACCACCACCACUACAUCUACCAUGCCGCCACUAUCUCUAUAAAGCCCGCCACCUCCGCCACAACCAGCUCAACUACGCCUGCAAAAGCUCUCACUUUCCCAUCCAUCACCAAUACCUCUACCACGCCCACCCCCACUGAACACUCUACCACACCAUCCGC